UAUUCAGUUAGUUUUUGCAAUUCAUUUGAGUAAGACGUACUUAAAAAAGCUAUGAGCGACAAUACUUUCAAUAAAGAUGAACUUGAAGCUCCUGGAUGGAUGAAUAAAUCGUUUUUUGAAGGAGUUUUGAAAAAAUGUGAAAAUACUGAUGUGAUUGUGGUCAAUGAUAUUAAAAUGUCACCAGCAACUGCUAAAGGUGACCACUAUGCCAGUGUUAUGUUUCGAGCAACCUUAGGCUUUGAUUCGAAAACCACAAAGGGAUUGACGAAAUCUUUAAUUAUUAAAACUAUGCCUCAAGUUGAAGGACAUAAGAUGGAUUUGUUGAAAGAAUCGUUUGUUUUUGAAACUGAAAUUUCCAUGUAUUCAAAAACGAUCCCUAUGUUCGAAGCAGAAUUAAGGAAAAUCGGUGAUAACACAGUUUUGGGGGCUAAAGUUUUGUUCCACUCACUCACACCACACAAAUGUAUUAUAUUUGAGGACAUUGUUCCAUUGGGCUAUCAGACGUUAAAAUUAAGAAUGGCUGACUUUGAGGAUUCGAAAGCUGCUCUGUUGAAGUUGUCAAAAUGGCAUGCGGUUAGCUAUAAACUAGCUGCAGAGGGUGACACAUCUUUGACUGAUUAUAAACGGGGGAUAUUCAGUCUAAAAGAGUUCGAAUCCAGUUCUAUUGUUAAAAAUGGAAUGAAGGAAUUCAUUGCCAAAUGUGCAACAGUUGAUGAACUCAAACAGUAUGUCCCCAAACUUCAAGUUAUAGAAAAGGAUUUACUGAAUAAUUGUCACAAAUCUUUCGAAACUUAUCGACAGUUAAAUGCAGAAGGGAUUUUCGUUUUAUCCCAUGGAGAUUUUCAUAGCAAAAAUAUGAUGUUCAAGAAAAAUAGCAGAGGUGAAACAGAAGAUGUGAUAUUGGUUGAUUUUCAACUUUGCUAUUUUGGACCAGCAAUUUUGGAUGUCAUUUAUGGAUUAUACAUGCUUACAAAUGAAGAUGUUCGUCAACAUCAUCGUGACGAAUUUUUUAAUUUUUAUUCUUCGAAUUUUAUAGAGACUUUAAAGAAACUGCAAUUUCGCGGUCAUAUUCCGAAAAUUUCAGACUUUUUUAUGGAUAUUCUUCGUCAUAGACAUUGGGAAUUGUUUUUAAUGUCAACAUUUUUACCACUGUGGUAUGCUUUCGAUUGCAAAGGAAUGGAUCCUGAAGAACUUUUAACUUCUGAAGACGCUUGUAAAAAUCUCUUUAAGAAUGAUGCUUAUAUCGAAGAGGUCAAACGACUGCUUCCAAUGAUGUUUCAUCGCGGAUAUUUAGAAUGAGGUUAAACAUUUAAUUUUGUUGUUACUUGUGUUAUUUUGUUUGAAAUAAUUUAAAAGAUGUGCAAGUUUUAAAGUGGACUCAUGUAAAAUAAAGUAUAUAAAUAUACAAA